AUGGCUACUGCGGCUGGGGCGCUACGCGGUACCCAUGCGGUAAUCUCCACCAUCGAUGGCAAGGACAAGGCAUUGAAGAUAAUCCAGUAUGCGGCAAAGCUCUAUUUGAGCUUAGGACUCGUACGGGGCUCUUCAUCUAUAAAAGGGCUGGCACGAGCGCUCUCUGCAGCGCGAAGGAUAUAUCGUCUUGGACGUGCCUUUCCCGAUACGGCAAAUCAAAUCGAGGCAAAGGGCUCUCCAUCAUUUGUAGAGCUGUGCGGAAUAGUGACAGACUGGAUUGAUGAUAUUCUGACCAUCGACAUGCUCCUUUCGCUUGACAUUAGUGGUAAAGACCACCUUGAGAGAGUUAGCACCUCGCUUUGGUUGCUGACUACCAUUUAUGAGCUAAUGCGGCGGAGCAAUAGCGGAAUCAAACAGUGUAAGCUGAUGAGCGACACCAUAUUUUGUGUGAUCGAGCUGAGUGACGCUGCCUCGACCAGACGGGCCGCUGCCACCGGACAGGCUGUCGCAGGGCUUGCCGCGGCCCUGUUUGCCGUAGCUGCAAAGGUGAUGGCACCACGGCGGCCAGUAGCUCUGGGCCGAGAGUCGCUUUUGCGCGAAUAUGCAGAGCGGCAGAUAAGCAAUAGCUUUGCAGAUCGCAGAAUCAACAAGUCUGCAUUGGAUCGCUUCACAGCGGAGCAUCGACGCCGUUUCAAGAUCUCCAAGCGGGCGGCUUCUCGCAUGAAAUUUGCGCUUGGCGAUGAAGAGAUCACAUUGACGCAUCGCGGCCGUGCACUUGGCGAUGAGCAAUCAACAGAUGAUGACAAUGAAGGGUCCGAAUCAGGCGGAGAGCUCUCUGCAGAGCAUGUCCACGAAUCUCAUUUCGGGGGCCAUCGGUCCAAGGCAGAGGUAAUGCGAGAGGUCAUGUGCAAGUCAAAGCGACAUAAGGCAGAGCGGCAAGCCCAACACCGUAUGGAUGAGGAGCUGCAGGAUGAGCUUGAUGAAGAGUUUGGAGAUAUUCGUGGCCUGCUUUCGUUCGCUCCAAAAGGCCCUGUCGCCUCUGUGUCUGGUGCAUUCGAGGAUAUCGUAACGACUCUCCAAAGUGAGCGAAAGAAGGCUGUUGCUACUAGCCGUACGCCUAGCUCUGCUGAAAAAGCAGCGUAUUUACGCGAUGCUGAGCAGGCUCGCCUUGCUCGUGAGCUUGAUUUACCGGAGAGCGAACAAAACGACCAUGAAUCAGAAGACACAAACGCCUACAACAAAGUCAUGGGAAAUGUCCAUGCUGAUGAAGAAGAAACAGAAGCUGUCGUUGAAAAACACGACAAAGCAAGUGAAAAAGCCAUGCGUUUAAUUUCGGAUGGCGGUUCACGUCAGAACGAAAUAUCUGUGUACACGCUACUAGAACAACUACUAGAAGCUGUUGAUCAGGCGGGCUGUGGUCAGGAAUGGUUUGUCGAGCGGAUCCUUCAAUUGGAGGCCACAGUAAGGAUUCUGCCUUCCGAUUUGCUUCGCGGAUUUGCAGUCGCCAUACAAAAGCUUCUUUUUGCGCCCCUGGAGGCGAAAAAACUUUUUCUACUCGGAAUCAUUAUCGAGCGGAUUUUCAGUGUUACAGAUGCACGACACUCGGUGGCGACUGUUUUUGUUUUGGUUCUAACAGGGCAAAUUUAUUCUUUUGAGCAUGCAGGCGACAUUCUUCGUGGAUCACUGCUACUGUUGCGUCUGGCCGGGGCCCGUCGCCAUUUGGUGUCAGAGGCCAUCCAUGGCCUCAAUGCCGUGCUCGAACUCACAGCUACACCUUUCAAGGCCCAUUCGUGUGAGACAGACGAUGUUGCUGCCAUCAGCGAUUGGGAACUGUUCAUGGGGCCAUUGCUGCAGGCAAAGCGUAUGGCGAGCAUUGCCCAAGCAGCUCUUUGUUACGCAAAGCGCCGGCUGGCUGAAAACCAACCUUCUGCAGAUUCCAUUUUAUGUGCACCGAUGACGAUGCUUGUGGAGCGGCGUGUCAAAGCACCACGGUUACUUGAGCCUGUGCUUGCUGACCAUUUAAAGAAACGUCGAGAUGCCAAGGACGAGGGGUCAUACCUGCGCUCUGCUCACCGCAGAGAGCAUCGGGGUGCUAUCCGCGAGCUGCGCCGAGAUACCAAAGUUCUUGCCUCGGUCAAACACGCCGCUGUACGCCAGCGAAGAGAGGCUAAUUCUGCACUUGCAGGUCGCCCCUACACUUUGCACUAG